GAGAGAGAUUUGGACGUGAUCUUGAACCUAUCAUCAUGAAGCCUAAAUUAGAGAGAUGAGAAGACAAUCAUUAUUUAUGAACGAUGAGCUGAACUCUUCAUGGGAUGCAGAAUGAUAUACUACUAAUCUUUCCAUACAUCUGGCUUCUUGCUUGUAAUUGCAAUUUGCAAGCAACCAUCAUGUUGGAAGCCACGAACUUCAGCCGGAAUCAAAGCAUCACUUGUUAGGAGAAACAGAGAGAGCAAAGUGUCAAACAUAGCUCCCUUUUCAGCUUGGCAAGCAUAGAUAUGAUCUUACACAGAUGACAUCAUUCUCUUAGAAUAUGCUCCGCAUGUUAAGUUCAUCGACUGCUGUUCGUCGUCUCUGGAAACAAAGAGCAGAUAUGCAUUCUCAAUCAUCGACUUAGUAGCUUAGAUAUUCUUAUUCAUCGAUGCAAAGACAUGUUUCAAAAAACUAGUAGAAAAUCACUUUUUGAACAUGUUUCAUCCAAAUGCAUUGGAGCAUCCACAGGCAUAACUAUAAACAUCAGUAAAUCAAUAAAUUAGUGAUUGCGCUUAGUUGAAAGAUAAAUUUUUUAGAUAGUUAUUGUACUCCAUAUAACAUUGUUUUGAUAGCUUUGAUUCAUAAUUUUCACCCACCUUUUUUAUUUUUUGAAAUUUUUUUAGUACGCUGAUUUCAAUUCAAUUCGUCCUCUACUAUUUUAGACAAGGUUAAUUAGUUAAAUCAUUUGUAAUUAUAACUGAAUCCUCCAAUUCAAUUCCUGAGACUCUGACGCUAUGAAUUUCGUCAAAUCCAUAAUCUCAGACGAUCACGAAGCUCCCACUUCCGAAUCCGACCCGGAUUCUUCCGGCGGGCCGAGCAAUCCCAACGACGCCGCCGAUGCCUGGAGUUUCGGGGGUUUUAUCAGAUCUGUCUCCAUGCAAUCCGAAUCCGUGAUCGAGUCGUACCGCAAAGAUCUCCAGGAAUUCGGGUCGGGCUUGAAGAAAGAGACCGAAAUUCUCCGGGAUACGGCCAGCCGCGCCGUCAAGGACCUGCCGUCUUCGCUCGACGUGGUGCUGAAAUCCACGGUCAGUAUGAUCAACAAAGAAGCCCUAGGGCUGUCUUCCGACUGCGAGCCCGAGACGCUGGGCGCCUACCGAACCCUCAAUUCGGGCCGGUACAGUCGGUUCGAGGCGCAGCUGAGUGCGAUGCAGAGUGAUUUGAAUACUUUCUGCGUGGAGCCGGAGGAUGCGGCGGAUUACGGGAAGUGGAAGCUAGGGUUUGAAUUGGGCGAUUAUGAGGAUCCGAUCGAGGGCUUGAUUGGGGAAGAUGGGAUUUUGGAGGGUGCUUAUUCGAAGGCCGUUCCUAAUGUUGUUGAUCGGGAAACGUUUUGGUGUAGGUACUUUUACAGAGUGGAGAAGCUCAAGCAGCAAGAGAAAAUGAGGGCGAGUAUCGUGAAGAUGGCGGUUUCCAAUGAUGAUGAGGAGGAAUUGUCGUGGGAUGUCGAUGGUGAUGAUAAUGAUGAUGAUGAUGAUAAUGAUAAUGAUGGUGAUGAUGGUUGUGUAGUUAGUGAUGAGAAGUGCAAAGGCAAAACAGAGGCUGCUGUUGUUGGUGGGGAAAAGGGCAAUGUGAUUGAGUUGAGUAGGAAGAGUGGUGUGGAUGAGAGAGAGGGGAAGAGUGGAACAGUUGAUGAAGAUGAGAAAGUGGGGGUGGAGGAGGUGGUGGUGUCGAAUCAUGAUGAUGUGGGGUGGGAUGAGCUCGGGGACGUUGGUAGUGGCGAUGAGGGGAAAACCUCAGCCGGUGGUGGUGGUGGGAGCCCGAAGAAAGAGGACAUCCGGAAGCGGUUGGCUGUGGAUGACGAUGAUGAUGAUUUGAAUUGGGGUAUUGAGGAUGAUGAUGAGCCCUUGAAAGCUUGAUCUUGAUGCCAGAUAACUGUUUAGCAAUGUAAUUAUGAAUUUGCAGAUGGCUAGUGGAAUUCAGUAAAGGCUUCUUCUGCUUCAAGUAUAUAUCAUUAAACUGAUUAUUGAUAUCAUUAUUUCUCAAUUGUUUGCCUUUCUUUGUGAAUGAAUGUAAUGAACCUGUUGGUUUCCAUUUGUGGUAAAGUUUCACUCUUUUCAGUUCAUGAUCUAUUAAUGGA